AUGUCCGACAACCAAAUACACGAAUUUUUCAAGCGCAAGUCUGCGAAAUGGAAUAUCUCGGACUUUUUGGAUGAAAGCAACGAUGAACAAUUCAAAAAGAAAAUAGAUGCGUAUAUUAAAUCUCUUGAGAAUAUUGGAAUAAAUGGCGUGGCAGGAAAUCUUCUCGUUUCUUUGCCAUUCAAGACUUUUCGUCGAGCCACAAAACCAAUGUUGGGGCACAGGCGAACUUCUCGUUUUUUGUCUGAUGUUCAAGACUUCUCGUCGACCCACAUUGGUCCCAUUGAGGCAUCAGGCGAACUUCUCGAUACUCGGCCUGAUCGUCAAGAAGCAAGAACAUGGAGAAAGAAGCAUAAGGAGCGUAAAUCAACCGGUGAACCCUCAGUUCACCUCCACCAUACAGAGAUUGGGACUAUCAAUGGCGAUACCGGGGAUAUCAGCACUAUUGAGGAAUGGAAGGAAAUUACCACCUCAGAGGUUAAGGAUAAACCGAAACUUGAACAUUCUCUCGUGGAAUUGCUGAAAAUAUAUACGGUUGACAAUGUUGAGAGGUUACAAGAAAUUCUUUUUGAAUCGUUUGUACCAGAUGGAGGCAAAUAUGAUCGAAACAUUUAUUACGAUCUUAAUUUUAUUAAUUACGCUUACCGAGGAAUGCUAUUUUUGUGGGAAAGGAAAGAAAACCCUUUUAUUGAGAGAUUAGAGGGUUGGUAUGAAAUGAACGUUUGGAGCCACUUGAUUGACCCGGCUUUCCACAAUCUGAACAUCGAUUUAGUACGUGGCGAGGGGAUGAGUCUUGCAUCGAGUGAUAGGAAGAAUCUUGAAAGAACAAUACAUGCUCGAAAGAAGAUUGGUCGAAAAGGUGAUGGCGUUUUCAGAUUAUGCAUGGAUCGUUUAGAAUUUGGCGCUAUAGAAAGCGGGCGUAAAUGGGAAGGGCAAAGUGGAACCAAAUAUAUGACAGAUUCCUUGAAAAUAUGUAAAAUGUUGAAGGAUAUGUUAAACCAGCUCGCUACUGAGUGUGAUACGAGAGAAAAUCUUGUAAGAAAAUUGCAAGUAGUUGGGAUGCUUCAUGGAGCAAACAGAAUUCAGGUCAUCACAGUCGAUCUUCCUAAGGGCUAUGUUACUCGUAUCCAACAUAGAAAAGUCCGUGAAGUUGCUGGUCGUCUAACAAAAUCUAAACCGCUUGCUUUGGUUCUGAAGGAGAUACUAUAUGCAAAAUCUAUCAUCACACAAACAUUGGAUAUUAUAAACAAUAAGGAUGAUGUUGAUCUCGAAAAUUUUCUUGAUGAUUCUGAUGAACAAGAUGGAUAUCACACCUCCAGGACUAUUGCUGUAUCUAAGACAUUUAUGAAGACAGGGCGUACUAAAGAUGUAGUUAAUGAGAAAAAGAGACAG